AUGCAAAACAUUAAAGAUGCUGCUAGCGCUGUUUCAGAAAAAGCUAAAGAAGUGACAAGUGGUGCCUCAUAUGAAGCUAACAAAGAAGCAGCCAAGAAUGAUAAUUUAUCAGCAGGUAGCCGAAUUGGCCAUGGUGUCGAUGCUGUUAAAGACAAAGUCGAACAAAAAGGCCAUGAAGCUAAGAAAGAAGGACACAAAGAAGCUGCUGAAGAACGAGGUGUCAUUGGUUCAAUUGGUGACACAAUCUCCAAUGCUUAUAACUUUGUUGCUGAAAAAGUUUCAGAAGUAACAAGCGGUGCAUCUUAUGAAGCCAACAAAGAAAAAGUAAAAGAUUCAGACAAUACAGUUGGUGAACGUAUUGGUGCUGGAUUUUCAGCUGUUGGUGACAAGAUUGAAGAAAAAUCUCACAAAGCUAAAGCCGAAGCACACAAAGAAUCCUUGUAA